AUUCUCUUUCUCUUCUCUGUAUCUUCUUCGCCAGCAAAUUAGCGUUUGCACUUCUCUUUUCUCUCUCUUUCUUCCAGAAUGAAACAACACAUCUAUGGUCUCAUUAGCAUAAUAAGAAGAAGCAGCUUGAUUUGAAGGACCACGCUCUGAUCUCUUAGCUUCUUUGGUUGAUCGGACGAUGGCAUAUCCGCAUUACCGGCCACAUCAGUUCGGAGACACCACAUUCACCAAACUCUUCGUUGGAGGCUUAGCUUGGGAGACUCCAACUGAAGAACUCAGAAAGUACUUUGACCAGUUCGGUGAAAUCCUUGAAGCCGUUAUCAUCACUGAUAAGAACACAGGAAAAUCCAAAGGCUACGGUUUCGUAACGUUCCGCGAUCAAGAAUCAGCAAGGAGAGCAUGUUCUGAUCCAAACCCAGUGAUUGAUGGAAGAAGAGCGAAUUGUAAUAUUGCUUCUCUUGGCAGGACUCGACCAUCACCACCCCGAGGCAGGAACUAUAUGGUUCAAGGAGGAGGAGCAGCACAACAGGGGGCGUCGUACGGCGGUGUUCCGGCGGGAGCAGGACCGUCAUCAUUGGCAGCAGCACCACCACUAAUGUACCCGCCACCGUAUGGCUACCCAACCUACACUCCUGAAUACGGGUACCACCACCAAGCGACAUUGUACACCCCACAGAUGCAGCAAGCACAAUAUUAUCAUCAUCAACAACAACAAAUAUAUGGAUCACCAUCAUCCACUAUGGGAUCACCAUAUUACUAUGGUGGUUACUCAAUGCAAGCACCAAGAAGCACAUUACUUUCUUCACCGCAGCAUGCAAAUCGCUUACCACCACCAGCUGCAGCUGCCGGACCCUCCUAUGUAUACUACCCUACCACACCAAUGGAACCCUCCUCCUUCACUCCUUACCAUCAUCAUCCUCUCCAACAACCAACAAUAAGGCAUCCCUUUCCAUCUCCUACUGAUCUACAAACUCAGCAGCAGCAACGAACAUCAUCAUCAUCAACUGAAACAGCAGCAGCUGGAGGAGUAGUUAUAACUUCAUCAGAAAGUUCGAAUACCCAGCAAGGGAAGAAGAAUAACUAAUAGUAAUAAAUAUAUACACCUGCUAAGUUUCAACUGUAUAAUCCUUCAAGUUGAACUUUUUCAUCACAUUAUUAAUUCUUCUUCUUCUUCUUCAUCUUUAUUUUCACCCAUCAUCAUAUCUUCAUUUUUUUGGGUCCACAAGCUGUCACUUUAGCUAAACAAUAAUGGGUUAGCUGAUUACUUGUGUUCUCCACAGCUAUGGCAUUCGAAAGAUCAUCGAUCAUGGACUAAUCAACUACUUCAUUCAGAUACCAUCCCUCAUCCUCCUAUUUUUCCUUUUCUUCAAUCCCUCUUCACUUAAUAUUUAUUAUUAUUAUUAUUAUUAUUUUUAUUUUCUCUUUUACAUACAUUAUAUUAUGAAUUUAAUUAUUU